AUUAAAAAUGUAAAAUUGUCAAAUUGUAAAAAAAAAUGUCUGUUCUUUAGGUCGUCAUUAGGCCUCAUUAUUUGUUCACAAUUAAAUUACAAAUGAACAUUAUUAAAUUAUGUUGAUAAUAAAUGUUUGUAAAAGACCGUCAUAAGUCAUUCAACAGAAUGACUGAUUGUGAGAUAAAUGUCGAUGUACGAUAGCAGCUUUACAAACAGCUGAUGGCUGAUAAUUUCUAUGUGAUUACUAUACUAAUUAUAUCUCUAAAUGGAUCGCAAAAUUGUGAAAAACUUCCUGGUAAAACUCAUAUUUCUCAUAUUAUGAAAUCUGAAAUUUGAAAUAUGAUGUGCAAACAGGUGGUAUCAAUGUACUCACUCUACUCUAAAUGCAAAUACAAAUAGUUUAACAAUACAAAUUAUCAUUGAGUAAAUAAAAAGUGUGGUCAUAAACAAUGCUUAUCAAUUAUAUAAAGGCAUCGAAGGUUCAUCGAAACAAAAAAGAAUUCGUUCUGCACAGAAUAUAUAAUAUAUGAAACAUGUCGUCUUCUUUGAUUAACGGCAACGAAAUCAAGAUUUACGAGGAUCAAGUCAAAGAGUAUGAUAUUUUAAAAGAGAUCAUUGCUAGUCGUGAUCAAGAAGAUGCAUUUUACAUAUUAGAUCUCGGUGAUAUUAUUAAAAAGCAUAGAAAUUGGUUGAAAAAAAUGCCAAGAGUUGUGCCGCACUUUGCUAUAAAAUGUAAUCCUGAUCCAACGGUUAUUAAGAUUCUAGCUGCUAUGAAUGCCAGUUUCGAUUGCGCCUCGCCGCAAGAAAUUGAACAAGUUAUGCAGUAUGGUGUAACACCGGAUAGAAUAAUCUUUGCCAAUCCAACAAAGUGUCCAUCUCAAAUAAAAUUUGCCAAAAAUGUUGGAGUGGAUAAAAUGACAGUUGACAACGAAUUGGAACUUUAUAAAAUCAAAAAUCUGUUUCCUGAAGCAAAAAUAAUUAUUCGCUUUCGAUGCGACAGUAACUCUAAUCUAACUAAAUUUAUUAAUCUUGGAAUUAAAUUUGGGUGCGAUCCAGGCGACGAAGCAAACAAAUUAAUCCAAAUAAGCAAAAAUUUAGGCUUAACUUUACAUGGAUUUAGUUUUCACGUUGGUAGUCCAUGUAGCGAUUUUAGUGCAUACACGUAUGGAAUAGAAAUAUGUAAGCAUUUGAUUGUUUUCGCUAAAUCGAUAGGAUGCAAAGAUAUCAAGAUAAUAGAUAUUGGCGGUGGCUUCCCAGGGGACAGUGAAUUUCGAAUCGACGAGCUUGCAAAUGUGAUUAAUGAUGCUGUAGACAAAUUAGAUUCUGAUAUACAAGUUGUAAGCGAACCAGGUAGAUAUUACGUCGAAUCAGCGUUUACUUUAGCUGCUUAUAUACAUUCGAAAAGAACUAUAUCCGAUGAAAAUGGUCUGAGACAUAUGUACUUUGCUAAUUGCGGAGUAUACAGUGGUUUUAUAGAAGAAUUAUUAAACUUAUGCUCGCGUCAUCCAAUUUCAUUGUUCAAUCCUGUAUCCGAUAAAAAAUACCUAUCCACUUUAUGGGGCCCGACUCUUGAUUCUUAUGACUGUAUCAUCAAAGAUACGUUAUUGCCAGAAUUUCAAAUAGGAGAUUGGCUUGUUUGGAGCGACAUGGGUGCAUACACUUCUUCCUUAGCUUUCAAAUUUAAUGGAUUUGAGCCACCAGUAGUUUAUCCAUUCAUCAGAAAAAGCCAAUGGGAAGAGUUUUGUGACAUUACCAGAUAUAACAUGAACUAUUGGCUGUGUAAAUUAGAAUAAGCGGAAAACUUAAUAUUUUUCUAAUAACGCAUGAAUAUAUGUACCAUAAAUGGUACAUACAAAAAUACUUAUUAAUUAUAUUUGUUUUUUUUCCAUUUGAUAAUAUACUUUUUCUUUUUUCUGCUAAUAUUAUUGAGUCGGUUUAGAUGGUACAGUGGAAUUGUCAAUAUUCGAAGAUAAUAUCUCAUUCCAUCUGUAAAAAGAAAAAAGACGAAUAAAAAGGAGAAGAAGAAGAAGAAGAAGAGAUUGUUUGACAUAAUCCUGGUUCAAGUCCAGCAUUCUUUUGCGCUUCAAACAAAUCUUGUGCAUUUAUAAUAUCUUCGAUAGGCGGAAUCGACGACAUUGAAUUACGUACCUUUUUUUCAAAGACAAUCAUUCGUAUUAGAUUUAACAGAAGGCAAGAAUGAAAAUGUCUAGAUAAUAUAAUUGUCAUACCAUU